AUGAGAAACCAACUUUCCUUCAGCGAUGAAGAUCAAAACGAGUUAGAAAAAACGACGUUUUGCUGGUGGAGAACACAGGAAGAGUUCGACGAAAAUGGGCAUUUCAAAAUUGACAUUACUGAUUUCUCAAAUCUCACUCCAAGAAUCAAAGUUCUAAGAGAAAUGGAGAGGUUGGCUUUUGUUGCUGUUGAAGGACUUGAAGAUCUCCGGCGUAAGCUGAUAAGUUAUCGAUCAGGCGACUUCUGGUUGCCGGUCGGAGGAAUCAAGAAAGAAGAUAUGGAAAUACCGGGUGUGGUUGCAAUUCUUCUUGCAGGGAUUUCUGGUUCCGGAAAAAGUUCUUUCGUCAACUUGAUGUACAGUGUUCUUGGUCGAUCUGGACUCAUCCCUUUUGCUCAAACCUCAGGUGAAUCUUCAAAUUAUACGACAAUGUUUCUAGAGGAACACAAUGUUCUAAGAUCACCAAGAAGUGGGUUUUGUGUGAAUGAUACGAGGGGUUUAGAUCAAAACCAAAUGAACGAUGGCUUAGAGGAGGUUUCAACAUGGAUGUCGACCGGAGUUCGCCAUAACCAGCCUUGUUACAGACCUGGGGAUGAAAGUGGUGGAUCAAUGGGGCAGUCCAAUUCUAGAUAUGUUAAGAGAAAGGUCAAUUUUGUAAUGGUUGUGGCUGAUUUAUCAAAGAUUCAUAAGGCAUUUAAAUGUGGUGACUUGAAGCCAGUGCAGGGACUAAGAGACCUCUUCCAUUUGCCAUCUAUUAAAAAAUGCAAUGAGAAUCCAAUAUUGAUUCUAACACAUGGAGAUAUGCUAAAUGCCGAGGACAGAAUCAAUGGCCGGCUGAAGAUAUGCGAAUUUCUAGGGAUACCAGAGACGACCGGUGCAUACGACAUACCUUGUUUAACGGAACAAGGAAUUCUUCCCGAGGAAUCGGAUCCAUUGACUGCAUUUGCAUUGACUGAAGCCAUUUACAGGGCAUUGCUGCAAUCUGAUAGAACACACCUCCCCAAGAAGAAAUUCAAGGACUGGAUAGAUACGUUCUUUUCAUGGAUCAUGUGGGGCAUUGCUUCCUUCUUUUCUAUCCUUGCACAUUUCUUCUCAAAAUUUGGUCAUCACAAGAAUCUCAAAUUAUGA